GACGGGAAGCAGCUGAUGGCCUCUGCGGGCGGCGGUGGCGGCGGCGGCGGGCGCGGCCGCGGCGGGGCGGGGGCGGGCGGGGAAUGAAGGCCCGCGGCCCUGGGGGCUGAGGCGCCCGCCGCCUGGGGCGGGCCGCGCGUCGUCAUGGAGGCCGGAGAGGAACCUCUGCUGCUGGCUGAACUCAAGCCUGGGCGCCCCCACCAGUUUGAUUGGAAGUCAAGCUGUGAGACCUGGAGCGUGGCUUUCUCUCCAGAUGGUUCCUGGUUCGCCUGGUCUCAAGGACACUGCGUGGUCAAGCUGGUCCCCUGGCCCUUAGAGAAACAGUUUAUCCCUAAAGGAUUCGAAGCCAAAAGCCGAAGCAGCAAGAGCGAGUCGAAAGGCCGGGGCAGUCUGAAGGAGAAGACGCUGGACUGUGGCCAGAUCGUGUGGGGGCUGGCCUUCAGCCCGUGGCCCUCCCCACCCAGCAGGAAGCUCUGGGCGCGGCACCAUCCCCAGACGCCUGAUGUCUCUUGCCUGAUCCUGGCCACAGGUCUCAACGAUGGACAGAUCAAGAUUUGGGAGGUACAGACAGGGCUCCUGCUUCUGAAUCUUUCUGGCCACCAAGAUGUUGUGAGGGAUCUGAGCUUCACACCCAGUGGCAGUUUGAUUUUGGUCUCUGCAUCCCGGGAUAAGACUCUUCGCAUUUGGGACCUGAAUAAACACGGUAAGCAGAUCCAGGUGUUAUCCGGCCAUGUGCAGUGGGUUUACUGCUGCUCCGUCUCCCCUGACUGUAGCAUGCUGUGCUCUGCAGCCGGUGAGAAGUCGGUCUUUCUGUGGAGUAUGCGGUCCUACACACUAAUCCGGAAACUAGAAGGCCACCAAAGCAGUGUUGUCUCCUGUGAUUUCUCUCCCGAUUCCGCCUUGCUUGUUACAGCUUCGUAUGACACCAGUGUGAUUAUGUGGGACCCCUACACUGGCGAGAGGCUGAGGUCACUUCAUCACACUCAGCUUGACUCCGCCAUGGAUGACAGUGAUGUCCAUAUGAGCUCCCUGAGGUCUGUGUGCUUCUCACCUGAAGGCUUGCAUCUUGCUACCGUGGCAGAUGACAGGCUCCUCAGGAUCUGGGCUCUGGAACUGAAGGCUCCAGUUGCCUUUGCGCCCAUGACCAAUGGUCUCUGCUGCACAUUCUUCCCACAUGGUGGAGUUAUUGCCACGGGGACUAGAGACGGCCAUGUCCAGUUCUGGACAGCUCCCCGGGUCCUGUCGUCACUGAAGCACUUAUGCAGGAAAGCCCUCCGCAGUUUCCUGACAACCUAUCAAGUCCUCGCACUGCCAAUCCCCAAGAAAAUGAAAGAGUUCCUCACGUACAGGACUUUCUAGCAGUGCCAGCCACCCCACCUCCUGCAGCAGAAGCAGUACAAGGGACUGGCUAGGGUGGAGCCAGGCAGACCACACUGGACCAGUGUGGGCCUUCCUCCCAUGGCACGGCAAGUAGGUCUGAGUGACCCCACUCCUGUGGUGCUGGCCUUACCUCGUCGUCAUCCGUGGUGAGCAGCCUUUGUCAGUCUAGUUGUGUUGAAGCCAAGUGCAGUUGUGGAUGUUGUUUGGGUAAUAAAGGCACUUCCUUAGCUGGGAAGUGCCUCUGCCUGUUUCCAGUCAGUGGCCAGAUGGUCUCAAGUCCUCCGUUCUGGUCAGAGGACUUGGGUGUUUGGUUCCUUGCUCAGCUGCAUGAGGACUGGACUGUGCUCCUCACCAGUACACUAGUACCGGCUCUUAUUUUCCUGUAAACAGUGGUGUGCAUGUGUAGGAAAUGACAGGCGAGUGUAUCAGGUCAUAGAGGUGCUCCUCAAGUGCAUGACGGUCAGAGGGCCAUCUAUCAGCAUCAUUAUUUCUUUGUACUUUCUCAGCAGAUAGUAAGGUACAGCUGUUUUCUCUAUGUCUCUAAGAACCAGAGUUCUUAAGUGGCCCGGUUGUGUGGAGUCAGUGCUGACAUCACUGGCUUGUGCUGUCACGUGUUUGUCUAUGCUGCUUGACCUCACGGGAUUUACCUUCCAGUUCAACUGCCCAAACAGACAGCCCCUUCUAAGCACCGUUAUGACAGCGGUAGCAGCUACCUAUUCAAGACGCCUCACACAAAAUCUGCCUUAGGAAAGUUAAUAUAUUUUAAAUUAUUUUAAAAGAAACUCAA